AUGGAGGUGGAUGAAUCUGCCGUGUGUGCUUCAGUGAAAAGUCUCCCAGACAGAUUUGUUUGCUACUUGAGCCCCUCGGCAGUGAGCAACCUGAGCAGAGAUGACGCUUUGAGCUUGGCCCAGAGGAUCAGUAAGAACUGCCCAUUGAACCUGACACACAGAGGAAUAACUAGAGAGAGGGCUCCCUCCUCCCUGACAACAGAGGAACUGCAGGUUGCAUCCUCUUUGGUGAGAAAGUUUGAGCAUUUCCCUCCUGCAAUCCUGCAUGCGUUGGGCCAGGCUGCAGUUGGGCUGUCCAUAUCGGACAUCGAAAACGGCAUCAGUGAUAAAGACCUUGAAGCAUCUAUUCCUGCCCUGGGUGAAGUUCGCGGCUGGAAUGCUGAGCAGUCCAGCACUAUUGUCAACAAACUGCUCAGCUCCGGCUAUCAGAUCCUGGAUGGACAGAGCCUGGCAAAGCUAGGGAGCUUGGUGGCUGGCCUCAACAGCAGCACGCUUCGAAGUCUGUCUCCAGAAGUGAUCUUGGAAGCCAUUAAGUUGCCUGAGUUUGUUCAGCAAAUGGUGACCCUGCCCUCUGCUCUGAAAAGGACAUUUGUGGAAAAGAUUUCAUCCAGUGUAGGCCACCCUGCUGACCUGGUUAAAUAUAUCCCUGAUGCUCUGGCCAGCUACAUUCCAAAAUCAUUGCUUGUUUUUGGGGAAGAGAAGCCCAGUAUUCAGGAUCUCAACAGUAAAAUGUGGACCCGAGAACAGGCUGCCAUGUUUUUCAGUGAUGUGAUAAAGACAGAGCCUGACUUCAGCAGGCUUUCCCAGUCAGUCCUCCAAGGCUUCACAUGUGCAGCUGCCAAUGAGAUGGAAGCAGAAAGAUUUCAGGAGCUGGCCAAAGUCAUGAAGAAGAAAAAUGUCAAGCUAGAAGAAGACCAGCUGAGUUGCUUAGUGAAGAUGGUGACGCUGCAUGGGAUUCCCAAGGAUUUAGAUAGCUAUCCUAAAGACCUGUUGCUGUUUUUAAGUUCUUCAGACUAUGCAGCGACAGGAAGCUGUAGGCAGUACUUUGCUAAUAUUGGGAAAGCAAAUCUUGAUGUUCUGCAAAGAGAGUCGUCUCAGCGGAAACAGCUGCUCUUGGAGGCUUUAGCAUGUUUGAAAAUUCCUGGCACACAAGUAAAUGAGGAAAAUGCAGAGAUUCUGGGACGCCUAGUCUGUGACCUGGGUGGAGAAUACAUUAGAAGUUCUGGUGGGAAUUUGCUGAAGCAAUUAAACCAGUGUGAGUCUUUCCUGCCUGAUCAAGAAGAGGCUAUUAGGAGUGUCAUCAGCAGUGGUAACACUACAUUUGGGCCUCUGGUAGCGUGGUCAGCUUUUACCUUGAAUGAGCUCAGUGGAUUGAUUCCUGUAUUUGAUCACAGCAUCUUGCAGAAGAUCCCCAAGAAUGCUUUAACUCUUUGGCUGAAAAACUUUGCACAUGAUUCACCUCUGUCAAGGGAACAGCUGGCCACCAUUGUCGAAGAACUCCUGCCUACUAGGCAUAAGCGUGCUGAUGGCUGCCCACCUGGCAAGCAGAUAACAGAGACGGUUCUUAAUGAUGACUUGAUGCCUAUUUGGUACACACCUGAGGAGUUACAUGCUUGCCUGAAGAACGUCUCUCUGGAGAAUCACCUCUCUCAGAUACUGACCUACUCCUUCACUACUCAGCAAUUAGCUGUGCUGAAGAAGAAUCUGGAUGAGACAUAUCCUGAUGGGUAUCCUGAAAGGCUGUUCCCCAAACUGGGCCCUCUCGUUUCUUUCAUCACCCCUGAGGACAUUUCCAGAUGGAAGAUAACUUCAGCUGACACACUGGCUGCCUUGCUAAAAGAUCAGCCCCCUGAUGAUCAGGCUUCUGCAAUGAUUAAACGAUAUAUUGGCUUGGGAAAUGCCUUGAAUGUCACUGCACUGAAUGCAAUUGGUAUGAAAUACGUGUGCCUUCUCAAUGCAAAUGAGUUGAAUGUGAUAGACUCCAACAGCUUGAAACUGGCAUCUCUGAAUCUUUCAGCCUGUUCACAGCUUGCGAAAGACAUCUUAUAUGCUAAAGCAAAACGUGCUUUCUCAGACCAGCACUAUUUACCUGCUUACUAUGGGCUUAUUGAACCAUAUCUAGGGGGUGCUCCUGGUGCAGAUCUCAGAGAUCUAAGCAAGGACAACGUGAACAUGAAAGUUAGUACUUUGGCGAAGUUAAGGACAGACUCUUUGAUGAGCCUGACACUUUCUGAGGUUCAGGGCUUGCUGGGGAUGAAUCUUGGAGAUCUGGAGAAAUGGCAGAACAAGUUUCCCAUCCGGGAGUGGGUCCAAAGGCAGAAACAGUCAGAACUGGAUAAACUGCAUGUUGGGCUUACUGGGGGAACACAAGAAGGCUACAUGAACAUCGUCAUACCCAAAUUUCAGCCACCAUCCUCAGCCCCUCUGGGUACUGUGGCCAUGACACUCCACCUCUUGCCUGCUCUGCUUAUCAGUUUCCUGAUGAUGUCGGUCUUGUCUUGAAAAUCUUCCUUCAAGAGAAAGCAAGACGAGGGGGACCAGCCUGUGACCUGCUUUGAGGCCAG